AUAUGACAGCUGUUUUCGUUUGUUAUCGAAAUCGAAAUAUUUAAAUCUACAAAAACAAUAACAACUGUUUGCCAAACAAAAUGCCAGCAAUGUUCCGCUUGCAAUGCGUAAAAAGCGUGUUGCAUAUAGUGCGCAACUAUAGUCUGAAACCACAGAAGAAUGCAGUGGUUAUUGCGGCUGCUGUGCGUACACCCAAUUCCUUAGAGUAUGGCGAAGAAGAUCAAUUGGCUGGCCUGGUCAUUGAUGAACUGGUGAAACGCACAUCUGUGCCAAGAGAUGAAUUUAAGAAGCUGAUCAUUUGCACAUCCAGUAAAAUUGUUAACGAAUCAUUGGGCAGCGUCGCCAAGACGCUGGGACUAAAAAGUUGUCAGACUCAUGCCAUAAAAAACGAGGCGUGCUCCGUCAGUGGACUACAAAUGUCGCUGGAAUGCUUGCAGAAGGAUGAAGCUUGUUGGAUAAUAUUAGGUGAUACACGCGCAAACAUUAGACAAGUAGAACAAGAAGAUAUAAUACACAGCGAACUUAUAACAGCUGGUAUUCCACAUACAAAAGCCGAAGAUAAAGUGCCAUCAUCAGCAGAAUGCCCAGGCGCUGCUGCUGUUGCCUUAACUACGGCUAAAACAGCGGAGCGACUGCAAUUGCAGCCGCUAGCAGUUGUGCGCGAAUUCUUUAUGGAACGAGACAAUGAACACGCGAUCUUCCGUUUGACCGGCAGUCAGCCAAUACAGCUAACGGACGUCCAUAGCUGGCAGCUGGUUAUCAAUAAGGAAUUGAAAAAGCAGUUGGGCAUGCUAGGAGAGCUGAAUGUGAACGAAGUGCGUAUUCAUGACUUUAGACAGAUGACCGCUAGCCAUUUAUUGACGCACACAGUUCAUGCUCUGCCCGCUGGCAGUCUCGGCUGUGUCAUCAUGGAAGCCGGUGAUGGGCGAUGUGUGCUAAUGGUUCUCGAGAAAAUCAUACCUGAACCGAAUCUACCCGAGAGUUUGCCACAGCUAACGCUCUACACUAAGGAGCCUUGUCCGCUUUGUGAUGAUCUGGUCCAGAAGCUAGAGAAAAAUUUUGCGGGCGAAUUUGAACUGAAAAAAGUGUUUAUCGACCGUAAAGAGAACGUGCGCUAUUUGCGGCUGUUCCGCUAUGAUAUACCCGUUCUAUUUUUAAAUGGGCAAUUUCUUUGCAUGCACAGUCUCAAUGAACAAGUGCUGCGUGAAAGAUUAGAUGCCAUGAAGGCCAUCGGAGUUGAGCAAAAAUAGACAUAGCAUAUAAAGGAAGCAUACAGUUGAUAAUUAU